UGAUAUAUGGGGUCAAAUAAAACAGCAGCUACACAAGACAUUUUCAUAAGGCUCACGUAGCCUUAUCCUUUCAAAUCUUUCUCCGAAUCUCAAUCAUAGAUAUAACACUAGAGAUUGUACAAGUUAUGAGACAGCCACAUGGAAAUAAACAAUGACGAGCAAGACUUUUGCUUCUCCUAUGUUCAUCUUCUUUUGGCUUUUGAUGAUUUCCAUCAUUUUAGUCCAACCAGCUCUCUCUGGACGGACACUUGGCAGCAGCGGUGGUGACGGCAUGAUUGGAGUCGAUCCAGGUCGUGCUCCCAAGGCAACUGGUACAAGUUCUCCUACUAACUCUGCUCCUAAAGCUGUAGGCCGUGGACCCAUAGGUUAUAGGCCAUUACACAGGCCUCCAAUUUGCAACAGACCGUUUUACAGUCGCUGCAUCAUCCCACCAAAAAGACGAUGUAGUUAUUAUAACCGUUGCCGACCCCCACUCCCACCAAAAUAAAGUUGCCAAUCAAAGUGGACUCGACCCGAUCAACCCCUACUAAUAAAGUUGGACUGAUACUGCUCCAACCGCAGCUAAGCUCAUAUAAUACUGAGCCGACGCAAUGGAAAUAUACGUAUGGAUAAGACGUUUUGGGAAUGUUUUUAAAAAAGUUUACAAUAGUGUGAAAAACUUUUAAUGUAGAUGAUUAGAUAGUGUGAAAAACUUACUGUCAUAUUAUAUUUAAAAUAUUUAAUUAUGAAAAAACGGUAAAUUCGUACAGACCUACAUUUCAAGUGUUUGUAAAAAAUUAAAUAUAUGAAGAGAUUGUAUAUGUGUUGAUUGUAAUUUAGUAAAUUCUUACACAUGCAUAAGCUCUCAAACUACUUAUUUUACUAAAUCAUUCUUCAUGAUAAUAUUUGGCCUUCACAUUUUUCUAUCUAUAAUGGAUAAAAAUGUGUUUUGACAAGAGCUCUUGUAGUUUGGUAUGUCAUAAGUACACCUAAUGGUGAUAUAAAUCAAGUUUAGGGGUUUAUAUUCUCAACCUAGAAGAGGAGAUAGCUUUAUCUAAAAUAUGAAAUUUCUCGUUUGGUCCAAACUUAAACUUUGUGAAGUUUGGUUACAAAUUCCAAUUGACGUUGGUAACUGGAUGAAAUCUCUGCAUGGGUACAUCUUAUUGACCA